GCUGUAUAACUUAUUUGAUUCAGCAGUCGGACCAGAACAGCAGACAUGAGGGAAAUAGUACACAUACAAGCGGGCCAAUGCGGCAACCAGAUAGGAUCCAAGUUUUGGGAGGUAAUCUCUGACGAACAUGGGAUAGAUCCUGUGGGGAUGUACCACGGUGAAAAAGACGUCCAGUUGGAGCGGAUAAACGUCUACUUUAGUGAGGCAUGUGGAGGCAAGUAUGUUCCCCGGGCUGUUCUUUUGGACCUCGAACCUGGGACUAUGGAUUCGAUUCGAUCGGGGGCAUUCGGGAAACUAUUCCGGCCAGACAACUUCGUAUUUGGCCAGUCAGGUGCCGGAAAUAACUGGGCCAAAGGUCAUUACACAGAGGGCGCUGAAUUAGUGGAAACUGUGAUGGACGUGAUUCGACGAGAGUGUGAAACAUGUGACUGCUUACAAGGAUUCCAAUUGGCUCAUUCUUUGGGAGGAGGUACUGGGUCAGGAAUGGGAACUCUUCUGAUCGGUAAAAUCCGCGAGGAAUAUCCGGACAGGAUCAUGAACACAUUCUCAGUGAUGCCGUCUCCUAAGGUUUCUGACACGGUUGUGGAACCUUACAACGCCACGUUAUCAGUUCAUCAACUCGUUGAGAAUACUGACGAGACAUUCUGUAUCGACAACGAGGCUUUGUACGAUAUUUGCUUCCGGACCUUAAAACUGACCACGCCAACAUACGGUGAUUUGAACCAUCUGGUGUCCGCCACAAUGUCUGGUAUAACAACAUGUUUAAGGUUCCCAGGACAGUUGAAUGCUGACCUACGAAAACUUGCUGUCAACAUGGUGCCUUUCCCUCGCCUUCACUUUUUCAUGCCAGGGUUUGCUCCCCUGACCUCUCGGGGAAGCCAGCAGUACCGAGCGCUCUCAGUACCUGAACUGACGCAACAGAUGUUCGACGCCAAAAACAUGAUGGUAGCCUGUGAUCCCCGUCAUGGUCGCUACCUAACUGUAGCGGCCAUGUUUAGAGGCCGCAUGUCCAUGAAAGAAGUGGACGAGCAGUUACUCAAUAUCCAAAACAAAAACAGCAGCUACUUCGUGGAGUGGAUUCCCAACAACGUCAAGACUGCAGUGUGUGACAUUCCACCCACAGGACUCAAAAUGUCUGGCACUUUCAUCGGCAACACGACUGCUAUACAAGAGAUCUUUAAGAGAAUAUCGGAACAAUUCACCGCCAUGUUCCGUCGUAAGGCUUUCUUGCAUUGGUACACUGGUGAGGGUAUGGACGAGAUGGAGUUCACAGAAGCUGAGUCCAACAUGAACGACUUGGUGUCCGAGUACCAACAGUACCAGGAGGCAUCUGUUGACGAUGAAGAUGAGUAUGAGGAAGAGGAAGAUACUGACGAUGAAUAGAUUGCAAUUGAACAUUUUCUUUAAAUAUCAUUCAUCAAUAAACAUUUACAUAAGAAAUAAAUCCAUGAUUGGCUAUCAAGUAUUAGCUAUAUAUCACCAUUUGAUAAUGUUCUUAAAAUAAUAAUUUUUACUGAUUUACUUGCCAUAAAUGAUUGUUUUUUUCUUUUUCUAAAUGUUAACAUAUAUUUCGAAUCUAUUUAUUACAAUACAAUUUUUUAAUUGUUCAAUAACUAUUACUAUCCUGGAAUAAACUCAUUCAAAUUGUUCACUGUUAAAUUAUGUGAAUUUUAUUAAUAUGUUGUUCGAAAUAAAUAUUGAACGUUUA